UCCUUUUCUAGAGGAUUGCUCUCCUCGAAGUGAGUUGGUUACCAAGAAAUAUUAUCAAACAGUAAAGGUGUGUUACAAAGUGCAUCAGAGAUCCCGAUCUCUUGUGCUACCAUGGAAGAAAUAUUUUUUCAUUCCUUCGUACAGUAAGCUGCAGUGAAUAUUUUCUGUAAAAUCAAAGAGUCAAUGAAACGAAUUGAAGAAAAAUUUGAAAUUCUCCAUCAACAUGUAAUGGAUGGCAGGAAGGAUUUAGCCAUCUUGAGCAACAGCUUCGUGCGUUGCAGGAAGAAGAAGAACACGCAGCGAAGGUGGAAGAAAAAAAGGGAAGAACAACAGCGGAUUGCUUGUCCGAUUUCUUCUUCGACAAAGGCCAUCUCUCUCAAAUCGCGAUUUCUUCACCACCACAAUGGAUUUCUUCUCAUCGACUGGCCUCGGCUCAGAUUUGGGGGCCGUCGAGAUUUUCCCUUCUCAGGAAACAGAUGCAAAUAGAUAUGCGACAAAGAGAGGAGCGUGUCAGUUCAACCACUGGAAACGAUUCCCUUGGCACCAGAUGGAAGUUUGAUCCUGGUCGUCUCCAUUUCUUACCCUCACAAUUCUUCUUCUCUAACCUCUUUUUCAGUCUCUGUCACUUGGAAUCCGAAAAACCAACAAUGUUUCUUCCAUUUCUUGUCUUCUUUCCCUCACUUGUUUCCUCUCUACCUUUGGCUCUCCAAUCAGAAACAACCCUCAAAUCGUCUCACUCCGUUUACUAUGCCGACACCACGGUCUUUAUAACUGGUAGUAGCAGGAGUAACGACCGAAAAAUCCACUUCCAUUCGGUGAUCCCCAUAGUCAACAAGCUGCAGGACAUCUUCGCGCAGCUCGAGAACCAGAUCGGGCGUUAUCCUGAGCCCAACGUAGAUCCAAGAGAUCCAACAGAGAGAUACCAGGACAUUUCUUCGUUUAUGCAGACAUUCUUGGAGCCCAUCAUCAAGAUGCCAGUGGACAAAUCAAGACGUGGGGUCGGUUCAAAAAGUCCUGGAACCCAACAUCUGAUUGGGAGAUCACCUAUUGAGGUAUUUGAAGCUGUCGACCAGCAACUUCAAGGAUAUAAGCAGAAGCUCUUUGCACUUGCAGGCAUGCCUUUGUUUAGCUUCAGUUUCCCAAGGUAUUUGUAUGGAGAAUCUGGUGCUGUCAAUAGCUUAUUUGACGCAGUGAAGGGUGAUGACGAUAUUCUCGGUGAUUGUGGUGAGGUACAGAGGAGAAGCUCCAUGAAUAUGUUGGUACCAAUUUCUAUUUCAAAUCUCAAUUGGUACCCAAACGAAUAUUAUAGGUUGGUUGAGAAAAUUUGUGAAAGUUAUUUUACCAACGUUGGAAAUAUUUUAGAGAAAUCUGAAGUUAUUGGUGUUUCUCCUGUAAUCUCUGGUGGUAAAGAGUGGAGAAAUUUUACGUGCUUGCAAAUUCUAGAAGGCAGGGAUAGUGCACCUUAGUUGCUCGAUGAAACGUCACUUAGGGCCUUUUUUGAGGUGUAUGGGAUAAAUCUACUAAAACUUGAAGAAUAUAAUUUGAUAGAAGAAUAUGAUAGAGGAAAGGGAAAAGAAAUUGUGGAGAAUCAUUGGGUGAACAAAACUAAUGUUUUUCACCUUUUUUAUUUUGAUUUUGAUCUUAAAGAGGAUGGAUCUAGUGACGGGAAAGGUGAGGAAGGAGAUGAGAGUGGCUGUUUAGAAACAGAAUACUUAGAAGUUGGAAUGGAUCUUACAGAGAACUUGCUCAGUUUGGUUCUCUCUCUUAGACCACAUCAAUCUUUGCCGAGCGAGUAGAGUGUGUAGGCAGUGGCGAGCAGCUAGUGCUCAUGAAGAAUUUAAGGAUAUGUGUAGAAGGUAUCCAAAGGCAACAUAAGUUAAUAUUUCGGGUGCUCUUGCUAUUCACCUGCUUGUUAUGAAAAUAGUCUAAUCAUUAAGAAAUAUGGAGGUUUUAACAAUGGGGAGAGGGCAGCUUGGGGAUAAUUUUUUCCUUGCUUUGGCUGCUUGUUAUUUGUUAAAAAGAUCGAGUAUAAGUGAUGCUACUCUUGGUAAUGGCAUUCAAGAAAUACUUAUCAACGACGAUAGCUUACGUCAUCUUCAACUAAAUAACUGCUCGUGAGCUCCACAGCUGGGAGGGUAUCACUUUAGCUUCAAUGGCAGCAAUAUCUCAUAGUUACAUGUUGGAAGUGUUGAGAGAGAUGGAAAUCAGUGGGAUUUCUCCUAGCAUAGAGACUUACGAUUCAUUGAUAUCGACUUAUGCUAGAGUUGGUUUGAUAGAGGAAUCCAUGGAUCUCAAAAACCAAAUGAGGGAGAAGGGGGGGUUAAGCUUGAUGUAUGUACUUUCACCACCACGUUGUCAAGGUUUGAGAAAGCUGGCAAGGAUGAGUUUUCAAUAGAGAUUUUUGAUCAAAUGUCCUCCCAAUAUGUUGUUUCCUUUAAUGCUAUUUGUUUAGGCCUUGCAGUAAAUGGUGUAGAGGUCGGAAAUUUUGAUUGGAUCACUGGUGAUGAGCUGGAAGUUAAUAACUUCCAGUUAGCACUGUUCAUAUGAGCUGGGUUUUUUCCAGGCCCGAUUCGAAACCCGGGUACCUGGGUUCCAGUUUCGGUUCCUGUUUUCGGCCCGGAUUUGAUCUAGGCUGGAACCCGCAUUACAAAACCCGGACCUAUACGGUCUGGAUCCGAGUUUUGAAACUGGGUUUCGAAUUGAAAAUUCGGUACCCGGUUUUAGAUAUAUUUAAAAAAAAAACUCUUCAAAUCCCAGUCAGCCAAUCCCCACUCGUGAAUCGUGAUACUCUUAUCUACUAGGGUUUCUGCCCCCUCUUUUAUAUCUCAUUCCAUGGCUCUCUAUCAAAUCCAAAAGUCGCAACUGCAUCUCCAUCUCUCUCUCUCUCUCUCUCUCUCUUUCCUUUUCGAGUUUCUGAGGCUGCUGUUCUACAUUAUCGAGAUCCAUAAAGGUUCUCAAUGUGGUGGCUGAGGUUAAUCUCUCUCUCGCUGUCGUGUCUGUCUCGCCGGAGACCUUUCUGUAAGUCUCUCUCCCGAUCUGUGAACAAUGAAUGUAAAUAUGGGUAGAUCUGAUGAUUUGGUAAACUGGGUCUCUUCUUUGUACUUGAACUUGUCGAAUGAGAUUUUUGCUCUGUUUUGCCAUUCCCUUUUCUCUUCCAUCAAAGAAUGAAUGUAAAUAUGGGUAGAUAUGUUGAUUCGGUGAACAAUGAAUGUAAAUAUGGGUUGAUCUUUGGAUUUUCUAUUUUUGCUCUGUUUUGUCGUUCCCUUUUCUCUUCCAUCAAAGAGGUACAUUCGGUUUCUGUUUAAUAGUUUUAUUAAAUUUUGAUUGCAAAGUUGGCACGCUAUGGUGAAGAUAUUCCUCGGCUAUAUCAUUUGCAGUCGAGAAUAUUUUUAUUGUAUAAUUUGUUGACAUUAUACUGUUGAAGCUAUCAAAAGUGCAGCUUUUGAGGUAUGCAUCAUACACUCUAUUUCUUUCAUUUGGCAUAUAUUAUAUGGAGUAAUGGAGUCUUCUACUUCUUGAUGUUUUGUUACUCUAUAUGUUAAAGGAAUUUAAAAGCACGAGUGAUGAAGAAGCUGCAGUUUUGGCUGCUUCCAUAGCUGCAUCCACUGUUAUUGAUGCUUCUAAUUCAAUUGAAGUUUGAAGGAGUUCUAGUAGUAUAGAGACAAUGAAUCCAUGCAAUACAGAGACAGAAACUAAUGAGGAUGAAAAAACCUUUUAGGGAAUAAUGAAUAAGGAGUAUGAAAAAGCAGAAGACCAACAUUUGUAGUUUAUUAUUGUGUAUUGGAAUUUGAUUAAAGCAAUGGAUGUGUUUUGUAAUAUUCUUAGCAAAUUAUUUCAAAUAAUGUAAUAUGUAAUGAAUUGUAUCAUGUAUGUUGUAUGCA